AUGUCGCUCUAUCCGUCGUUAGAAGAUAUGAAGGUGGAUAACAUGGUACGGGCCCAAAUGGCCCAACACCAAGCACAACCUUCUCACAACCAAUCUUACCAGCCACCAACUCCAGCAUUUCCUAGUGCACCUAUGCAGGUAUAUCCUGCUCUUGGUGAAUAUAUGGGGCUAGAACUGUCACCAGAUGUUAUAGCUAUUAACAUGCCAGAAUAUCAAAUCCAAACAGUACAUCCAACAGGAGCAAUAUCUACAAUGAUAGCUCCCCUUUCUUCUCAGUCACCCAGUAUUUUGAAAGCCACUGUUACUCAAGGAAUCAGACAAGUGAUACUCUGUAAAGAUAAGGAUGGAAGAUGUGGUUUAAGGCUUCACUCUGUCAACAAUGGUGUCUUUGUUUGUUAUGUUGCAGCUGGUAGUCCUGCAGCACUUGCAGGAUUAAGAUUUGGGGAUCAAAUCUUAGAGAUAAAUGAUGUGGCUUUGGCUGGUAUGUCAAUGGAUCAGAGCCACACUCUUUUGAAAAAGGCACCAAAUAAUGGUAUCCGGAUGGCUGUUCGUGAUAGGCCUUUUGAAAGAACUGUUACUUUACACAAGGACUCUCUUGGCCAUGUUGGUUUUCAAUUUAAAGAUGGAAAAAUUGUGGGACUUGUCAAGGAUUCUUCUGCUGCACGUAAUGGCCUCCUCACAGAUCAUCAGUUGCUCGAAAUAAAUACUAUUAAUGUUGUUGGUAUGAAAGAUAAGGACAUAUCAAAGGUUAUUGAUGCAAGUCCGUCAGUAGUAAAUAUAACUAUAAUUCCGUAUUACAUCUACCAGCAUAUGAUAAGCAAAAUGUCAAAUUCUUUGUUUAAAGAUUUGGAUCGUACCCCAGCUGUG